AGUAUCGCGAUACCUCCUUCAACGUGAGUUUGUUUUCUUUGUUGGAGCGUAGAGGAGCUAAGAAGCUAAUCUGUCGUUUUUACCGCCUCACAGCAGCAGCUCAUCCUUCGUGAAUCAACAUAACAGACGGUGUCUCACCUGCACGAAACAUCUACUGUGAUCACCUGAGUCAUCUCCAUGGCCCUAAGACGAGGACACAUCCGGUACCUGAAGGUGUGUGAGGUGCAGUCGUCUCAGAGUGACAUCAGAGACGGUCAGCACAUCCCGAAAGGAGGAGCUGGAAAGGAGCUGUAUGAUAACGGCUACAGCGAGCAGAUGAUGGAGGACGACGACUCGAAGACGAACCUGAUCGUGAACUACCUGCCGCAGAGCAUGAGUCAGGACGAGCUGCGCAGCCUGUUCAGCAGCGUGGGAGACGUAGAGUCUGCCAAACUGAUCCGAGACAAAGUGGCAGGUAACCCUGACAGCCACAGUUUAGGUUACGGCUUUGUUAACUUUGUUAACGCUAAUGAUGCAGAGAGGGCUAUCAGUACGCUCAAUGGCCUGAGGCUACAGUCUAAAACUAUCAAGGUUUCCUUCGCCCGGCCGAGUUCAGACACGAUUAAAGACGCGAACCUUUACAUCAGCGGGCUGCCGAGGACGCUGAGUCAGCCCGACCUGGAGGACAUGUUCAGCCGCUUCGGACACAUCAUCAACUCCAGGGUGCUCGUGGACCAGGCCUCCGGUCUGUCUCGGGGAGUCGCCUUCAUCCGAUUCGAUAAGAGGUCGGAGGCCGAGGACGCCGUCAAACACCUGAACGGCCACACGCCGCCCGGCACCUCUGAGCCAAUCACAGUCAAGUUCGCUGCCAACCCCAAUCAGGCCAGGAACUCCCAGAUGAUGUCACAGAUGUACCACGGCCAAUCACGGCGCUUCGGAGGGCCGGUGCAUCACCAGCAGCAGAGAUUCAGGUUUUCUCCAAUGAGCGUUGACCACAUGGGUGGCGGAGGGGGCGGAGUCUCGGGCAACCCCUCCGCCGGUUGGUGCAUCUUCAUCUACAACCUGGGCCAGGACGCGGACGAGGCCAUCCUCUGGCAGAUGUUCGGACCUUUCGGCGCCGUCAACAACGUGAAGGUGAUCCGAGAUUUCAACACCAACAAGUGCAAAGGCUUCGGCUUCGUCACCAUGACGAACUACGAGGAGGCGGCCAUGGCCAUCCACAGCCUGAACGGAUACCGGCUGGGGGACAAAGUCCUGCAGGUGUCCUUCAAGACCAGCAAGGGCCAUAAGUAGAGGGGGCGGGGCCUGUAGGGAGAGGGGCAGGGCGUGUAUGGAGAGGGGCUUGGCGAGAGGGGCGGAGCUUGGCGAGAGGGAGGGCUUGGCGAGAGGGAGGGGCUAAAUCCUGCAGAGAGAGGAGGAAGAAUUUAGUCCUGCAGAGAGAGGGGUGUGGCUAAUUCCUGCAGAGAGAAGGGGAGGAGCUUAGUCAUGCAGAGGGAGAGGGGUGUGGCUAAAUCCUACAGAGAGAAGAGAGGGAGGGGCUAAAUCCUGCAGAGAGAAGGGGAGGAGCUUAGUCCUGCAGAGAGAGAUGGGGUGGGGCUAAAUCCUGCAGAGAGAAGGGGAGGAGCUUAGUCCUGCAGAGAGAGAUGGGGCGGGGCUAAAUCCUGCAGAGAGUUAGUAAAAAAAAGAAGUAUGUGAAAAAUAUUUAGUUUUUCAGUUGAGCCAAAUUUUUCUUUGUGUAAAUGUGAAUACAAGUUUUUUUUUUUUUUUCCCAGCAUGCCCAAUUGAAAACAUUUCAGACUUUUCUUUCUUUUUUUUUUUACAUUUGAAGUGAAGCAGUCCAUUUAGUUUUGAUGUAAACACACUGAGGUCGUCCUCUCUUUGAAAAGAAAACAGCUAUAUAUAAAUAUAUGAUUAUAGCUGAAUGUCAGUUUAAGUCGCUCACAGAUUUUAUUUCAUAUUUUUAUAAAUGGCUCUCGGGUAAAAACCCACCUGAUGUUCAGACGCCAUUUUUACCUGUAUUUUAGUUUUUAUUUUUAAUUUGUAUUCUGCUUUUGGAUUGCAGCUCUGUUGUGAUGUUGGACUGUUUAUUCAAUAAAAAAAUCUGCUUAUGUAAAAACAAUGUGAA